AUGGCACGCAGCACCAACGAAACUGCAACGAUGCAGCCGCUUCUCGUGCACCAGCUGUGCGAGUGCUUAUCCUGCGGUAUGGUCGGGCGAUUGCAUCUGAAUAACGAGCGCAUCGACCUGCGGCAGCUGGUCUCGCCUGGCUCUUGGCUGGGUGAUGAGACCAUCAACGCGUUCCUGUACGUCGUCCAACAGCGAUGCCGUGGCCGCGUGGUGCUGCUCAACACCCACUUCCUCAAGCUGCUUGGCGGGCACGACUUCAACUCCUUCGACUACCAUCGAGUGCGGCGUUGGACCGCCGCCAAGAGACUGCGAGAGCUGGCUGGGCUGGACAGCAUUCGUGACGCGCAGUUGGUGUGCGUCCCCGUGCACGCUGGCAGUAAGCACUGGUGGCUGGCGCUGUGUGAUCUGCGCGCGCGCGGUCAGCCCAUCCUGUGGUGCUUCGACUCCGCGCGUGACGCGUGCGAGACGUGGGAUCCCUCCCGCGGCGAGAAGGCUCUCCGCUGCCUCGCGCGUUGGCUCGCGGUGGAGGGCGUCGUUGAUGCGCACGCGGGCCGGGCCACGCUGGUGCUCGCGCCGCAGUGCGCGCCGCAGCGCGACGCCGCGCUUGAGGGAGACUGCGCCGUCUUCACCUGUGCCGCGGCCGACAGCGCGGCCGCGAUGGGCAUGACGGGAGGCUUCCCGUAUUCGUCCGCCGACAUGCAAGCCAUGCGGUGGCGCAUCGCGCGCGCGUUGGUGGUGCAUGCAUUCUGGGGCUCACGAUGCAACCGAUAGGCGGAGCGGCGGCGCUGGAACUGCAGCCCAGGUUGGUGGACCGGCCGCACCUGUGCGAGCACCUGUGUCGAGCCUGUCUGCUGUGAGAGAGACUUGUUUUGUUAAUUAAAUUCUUUCAUUCCCUGUGAGUGGAAUUGCUUGC